AUGGCGGCAGACACGGAGCCGCCCUCCAAGAAGGUCAAGUUCAGCCCAAAGGUGCAGGUGCAGGAGCUCUAUAAGUGCACCGCCAAUGACGCCUUCACAUGGCACUUGAUCGACGCCUCGAAGCUGGACCAGGAGCUGUCGUCUGGCGGCCACAUGUUCAAAUGCGAGUACUACAACCAGCCCUUUGGGGAGAACGAGGAGAUCACCGGAUACAAGGGGCUGGCUGUGGACGUGUGGGUCGACGGCGGCAGCUUCCACACAUGGGUGGACAUCCGUUAUGAGGCCAAACGCCCCAAGGCCACAGACAUUCACGCAGCCCUGGCCGAAUGGUUCCCCGCCGGCUACAGCCGCACCCGCCCUGAGUUCGAAAAGGCGAUCGCCGCGGCCGCCACCAGCGCCGGCGAGGAAGCUGCGGGGAAGCUGCCGUGGGGCGAGCUGGGGCGGCGGGUGGCAGACAUGAAGCUGGAGGUGGAGGGGGAGCCGAGGCUGGAGUUGCGGCAUGUGAAGCUGGCUGAGGCGCCGCAGUGGGCCAAGGACCUGCAUGGCCGCCUGGAGCCGCUGCUGAUAUUCACAGUGGACGGGGCCAGCUUCAUAGACCCGGAGGACGCGCGUUGGGAGCUCGUGGCUGCCGUGAUGGACGAUGGUUCCAGGCAGCUUCUGGUCGGCUUCAUGACGGUUUACAACUUCUACGCGUGGCCGACCACGUCGCGGCCCCGCGUUGCGCAGGUGCUGGUGCUGCCGCCCUACCAGGGUGUCGGCGUGGGCAAGGCGCUAGUCAAGGCCGCGUACGCCCUGGCUGCAGAGAGGGGCGCCAGCGACCUCGUGCUGGGCGCCGCCCGCGCCCUCGCGACGGAUGGACGAAAAAGCAGCCACCCGGGCAAGGCCGCUGCCCCGCGGGGCGCGCCGGCGCCGGUGCCGCGCUGCCGCAGCCGCGCCAGCGUCGGCGCCGGCGGCGGAGCGCGCGGCAGGCUGCAGGGGCGGCUGCAGGGGCGAGGCCUGGGAGCCCUCGCGUCCCGCCGACACCACGCAGGGACCCGCAGCGCGUUUGAGGACCCCUCCCCCGAGCUGCAGCGGACGCGGGAGAAGCUGGAGGUGGAGAUGCUGCUGAGUCAGGUGGCUGGCCACGCGGGGGGCGACUGGGUGGUGUCCGCGAUACAAACCGCGGUCGACGCGGCCGCGGCCGCGGCGUCAGCCGCAGACCACCCCAGCGGCGGCGCCGACGCAGCGGCAGCGGGCGCGCCCGCGCCCGACGCGGCGGCCGGCCCCAACCCCCUGGCCUUGCCGGCGGAGCUCGGGGCGCGCAUUACCAGCGAGUUGAAGAUCCACCACCACCACCUGGGCAGCUGCUGGGAAGCCGCCGUGUACGCGCACCCGGCGCUGAGGGGGCGGCCCGAGGCGGCCGCCGCGCUGCAGGGGUUGGUGCGGCGUCGGCUGCAGGAAGCACACGCGCAGACGGUGGACGACAAAACCGCUGGCAAGAAGAUAGUAGAGGUGGCCAAUAAGAACAGGGAGGACGAUCUGGAUUUCUUCAUGUGGCGCCCGCGCGGCGGCAAGCGCGGGGGCGACCAAGAGCCCGAGGCGCCGGCCACCCCCGCGGGCGGCGGCGGCGACGCGGCGGACGGCGCCGCGGGGCCGUCAGGGGAGGGCGUCGUAAACGUGGGGCGGCACAGCAUCACGCAGGUCAGCGCGGAGGAGUGGGAGGAGAAGCUGCAGGGCCUGCUGGCCGAGCGCCUGGCGCAGCUGGAGGAGCUGCGGCGGCGGCUGGCUGGAGAGCCGGGGGCGGACGAGGGGGGCGGGGGCGGCGGGGAUUCAGGAGAGGGAUCAGAGGAGGGGGAGGAGGAGGACGAGGGUUCAGAGUGA